UCUACUGUUCAAACGGCUGCUUUGACACAGGUCUGAAGCCCAACGUGGAGGAGAGGAUGUGGGUAUGCUGACAUCUGCAAGCCAGAGGUUUGAGUGGAAGACGACCGCAGUCAGGCUGACUAACAGCGGCCUCAGCUACAUCGAGGAAACUCCGAGACAUGUAACUUGUGUCGAAGACGUUUGUGUCCCGUAGGGCACCCCGAAGCUCAGCCAGUCACGGUGCCUCCUUGGGCUUUCUGUCAUGAGGGGGCGUUGCUCUCGAAAACUUGGUGUGCUGGCCAAGGCUGGCUUCCUGCUCUGGGUGCUGUGGCUGGGCUACCUUCUGUUAGCGCGCUCCUCUUUCCCCUCCGCUUCCUCUUUGGAGGAAGAAGACGAAGACCCCCAUGUCCUGGUGAGACAGCUCUCCAUAGAGGAGAAUGGGGCUGAUGGACAGCUGGCUAGGCCCCUGUACAUUAAGCCAUCACCAGACAACAAUGCACCAGGGGAGUGGGGUCGGGCCACUCACCUCAACCUCAGCCCUGAGGAAAAGAAGCUGGAGCAGGACAGUGUGGAGCGCUAUGCUAUCAAUAUCUAUGUCAGUGAUAAGAUUUCACUUCAUCGGCACAUCCAGGACCACAGGAUGCAUGAAUGCCGAAGUAAGAAGUUUGACUACCGGCGUUUACCCACAACCUCUGUGAUCAUAGCCUUCUACAACGAGGCCUGGUCCACCCUGCUGCGGACCAUUCACAGCGUCCUGGAGACCACGCCUGCCAUCCUGUUGAAAGAGAUCAUCCUCGUCGAUGACUACAGUGACCGAGGCUACCUGAAAUCCAAACUAGCCGAAUACAUCAGUAAUCUGGAACGCGUGCGUCUCAUCCGCACCAACAAAAGGGAGGGACUGGUCCGGGCACGUCUCAUCGGUGCCACUUAUGCCACUGGUGACGUACUGACGUUUCUUGACUGCCACUGUGAGUGUGUCCCUGGCUGGAUCGAGCCUCUGCUGGAAAGGAUCGGGGAGAAUGCCAGCACCAUUGUGUGCCCAGUGAUCGACACCAUCGACUGGAACACCUUUGAGUUUUACAUGCAAACAGACGAGCCAAUGAUCGGAGGUUUUGACUGGAGACUCACCUUUCAGUGGCACUCGGUCCCCGAAGUGGAACGCAAGAGGCGCAAGUCUCGCAUUGACCCCAUCAGGUCUCCAACAAUGGCAGGUGGGUUAUUUGCUGUGAGCAAGGCCUACUUUGAGCAUCUGGGCACAUAUGACAUGGGCAUGGAGGUGUGGGGAGGAGAAAACCUGGAGCUGUCCUUCAGGGUGUGGCAGUGUGGGGGCAGCCUGGAGAUUCACCCCUGCUCUCAUGUGGGCCACGUGUUCCCUAAAAAGGCCCCUUACGCGCGGCCCAACUUCCUCCAGAAUACUGUACGAGCUGCGGAGGUUUGGAUGGACUCUUAUAAACAACACUUCUACAACAGGAAUCCCCCAGCCAAAAAGGAGACCUAUGGGGAUAUCUCAGAGCGGCUGCUGCUGAGGGAGAGGCUGAAAUGCAACAGUUUUGACUGGUAUCUGAAGAACAUCUACCCUGACCUACAUGUACCUGAGGACAGAGGGGGCUGGCACGGGGCUGUGCGUAGCUCAGGGAUACAGUCCGAGUGUCUGGACUACAACUCCCCAGAGCACAGUCCCACUGGUGCCCACCUCUCUCUUUUCGGCUGCCACGGCCAGGGAGGCAACCAGUACUUUGAAUACACAUCACAAAAGGAGAUCCGUUUCAACUCGGUGACAGAGCUGUGUGCGGAAGUACCCGAGGGACAGACCUCCAUCGGUAUGAGACACUGCCCCAAUGAUGGGGAGCUCAGACCUGCCAGCAUCACCUGGGAGUUCAGAAUGGACGGGACCAUCUACCACCCUCAUUCGGACAUGUGCAUGACAGCCUACCGCACAUCAGAGGGCCGCACAGACACCCAGAUGAGGCGGUGUUCCCCGGGAGACAAGAAUCAGCAGUGGAAGUUUGAGUGGUAGGAGGAGGAAGAGAGAAAGUAGCAGAGAACCUCAAGUGACCUUCUUUUUUUACCACAGUGCAAUUACUACAGUGGAUGUCUUCUCUCCAAAACUGCUCUCCAUUUGAAUGGGAAUGGCGAGCAAAUGAAAGGUGGUGAAACAGUCACUUUAAGCCAAUGAAUCACCCAAUUCACUGCUUUUAUACCCAGCUGAAUGACUGAAUAAGUGCCGAUCCCAGCAGAGUGAAUGAGAAUUGCGAGGCAAGGUUUGUUCAGCGUGAACUUGAGACUUCUGCUUUCGUGUUGCUUUCAUCCAAGUGCCUCUGCAACCAGACCGGAGUCCAGUGCACAUCCGAAGUGUCAUUAUUGUCACGUUUUGUUUUUUUUUUAAUCUAAUGCAACAACUGGAAAGCAGUGAAACUGAUUCGACAGUCCAGAGCGUGAAGAAGUGCCUUUCAAAGAGAGUUGAAGCAUUUCCUAGAAAACAUGCAAAAUCAUGCUGCACUAAAAAUGUUACCUUGAUGUGCAAUUAAUAUUAAUUAUUAUUGUUAAAUCCUUAUUCUUGUUUGUUGGUUUGUCAAAAUAAAUAAAUAAAUAAAUAAGACAGGCUGCUCAGAGAAGACGUGCCAGGAAUGUGAGGUCAGCAGCAUUUUGCCCCAAACCAGCUACUUCCUAACAUGCUCCAUCAUGUGAGAGGAAAACAGGAAGAGAGCACCACGGUCACACAAGACUGCCUCUCAAUUCCAUGUCGUGUCUGUGAAGCCCGCUUCACGGCAUAAUGCUGCCUGAACAAGACUUGAAGCAUUCAUUAAGCAUUUGGACUAAGUGCAAUUUGCCCCCGAGGGCUGAGUGAGUUGACAGGAAUGUUGUAAUCUAUUCUUCCCUGUUGUGUAAAAUUAAGAAUACCCUCUAAACUCAUCUGUCACUGUGCCUUUGGAAGGUUGUCAUCCUUAAAGAACUCGUUUGUGCCGAAAUGAAAUGUGCCAGCGGAUGUCAAUUGUAUUUAGAGAUGUGUUGAAAUGCUAAAAACAACACUGGCUUGAUACACUUGAUUUUAUUUAGACACAAAAAGCCUUAAAGGGAGCGCCUGUUUAAUUUAAUCCUUUAACUUGGCAGUGCCAGACUGUUUGUGAAGACUCCUGUGUGUAAACUGUACUUGAAGCAGCAUAAGAAACACUCGUGUUUUUUUUUCUUUCCCCGUUGGUGUUGCUACUGGGAUUUAAUGACCAAGAAAUGCAGUGUAACUGUUGUCGAAACGUUUGUUGAAUCGCAGCUGUAUUUGCCGGCGACUGCUUAUCACUGAGCAAUGUUUGGUGUCUGUGCUCCCUUGAGCUCAUGAAUAUGAGAUAUUCAUACAAGUCAACAUGUUAAGCUGACUCCUGUUUUGUGUUACUUUUGUACAUAAUGUUUGGUUAAAGGGACCAGAGUGGGACAGUGCCGUCGCGAAGCACCUUUAAAACUACUGAUAAUGCAUAAAGGGAUGAUGGGGAGGAUUAGUUGAUAUGAAGAAGAGGGUGACUGGAAUGGGAUGGAUGUUUCAAUGAUGAUUAAAGCUGUUGGGAUGAUUGAGAGAAUAAAAAACUAACCACAAAAGGA